AUGUUCGUCAGGAUUUCUAUAGCUACGAUAGCCCUCACCUCACUUGCUGAAGGCAUCGUGGUCGACCGUCCAAGUGGUGAUGAGAAGCCUCUUUUCGGUAGCUUCGACGACAUGGAGCUCACGCCAGAGGCCAUCAACCUACUGAAGGAGUACGAGGCCGAUCUUAUCAAGCAAGAUGAGGAGCGUAUUGCCUCAUACUCUGGAGUCCCCCAGCUAGCAGCAGUUUCGGCUGACGGUAGCUUUUCAUAUCCCCCGGGUUGUACACCGAAGAUGCGCCCGGAAGGCAAGUACUACUGCUUCCAUGGCAAGCGCAAUACAACUGGUACAGGGAAGGAAGUGACAGCCAUUGUUGAUGUCUUUGAUAUUAAAGACCCACAGGACAAUGUCGUUAUUGGUUUCACAGCCAAGUUCGAGGACAACACUGCGAGAACUCUGCGAGCCCACGCUGGCGGUGACGCAAAUAUAGUAGCUUUUGGUCGCAAAACCAGACUUGGCGCGACUAUAUCCUUGGCGACCUAUGAUCUGGAAUCUCCCAAGCCUGGGCUACUCGGUCGCCUGGAACAAAACAUGGUUGCUGAUCCUCACUUUAAAGUAUAUGUUCUGAACUACCAAGCUAUGGACAUUGAGCAUGUGCCCAGUAGAACUAGCUACGUCUACGCCACAAAUGGGGGGAAUAUGGGCUUCAACGUGACAGCAUCGAUCACCCAGGACGUUAAACUCGGUACUGUUGGUGGUUCCCUCCAUUUGACCUUGGAUACACUCAAGGGCAAUGACAGCGUAUGGGACCUUAAGGGUACAGCGAAGGCCUUCGCCAAUAAUUUUCUCCUCAAGCUAAACUUUCCGGCGACCUUCCUUCAGGACAGAAUCGUCCUGCCGAAGUGA